GCUUGGACGCUUGUUGGGGUAGCUCUUCGGUCAGCCUUUUCCCUCGGCCUUCACGUACGGAACGAAGAUCCUUCCGCAAGCGCCUCUAAACGACAAACUUUGGUACAAACGUGGUGGAGCUUAUACUCUCUCGAAAGAACGCUGAGUAUCAUUACCGGUAGGCCUAGCAUUAUCGUGGAUUCUUGCUGUUCAGUGCCGUUGCCCGUGGCAGUGUCGGAGGAACAUCCAGCGGGGGAAAUGGAGGCGGCACACAGCAUGCGUACGACGAACGCAUCGUCGUCAACAUCCGCCAUAUUUUCCAGCUCUUCGAACAUCGCUUCAAACGCUUCUCAAAUAUUGAUACGACCCAGAGGAACACACGUCAACUCGGGGCUGUAUUUCAGAGCCGUCGUUCAAUUAUCCAUCAUAACCCAGAACAUUCUUACGUCCCUUUACUCCGCGGGUACGAUGAUCCGGUCGCCAAUCGAUAUUCAACAGGAUGCCUCUCUCUUGAGCCAACGUCUCGAUCAGUGGGCUUCAUCGUUACCCCAGGAAAUAAGACCAGAUGAACCGUUGCGCAAAACACUUCACGUGUCCGGCCGCGAGCGCAUGUUGCUUCGGUUCCAACUCUGCAGCGCACGAAUACUGCUCACACGUCCAUGUCUGACUGCCAGGCGGCGACCGUGGAGGGAUGCAAAUGAUGCAAGCUUUUCGAGACGCAUGGCGGACAGCUGUAUCGAGGCUGCAAGUACGAUUGUUGCUUCACUUCCAGAUGAGUAUAGUCCUCAGCUAUAUGAGCAGUGCCCUUGGUGGUGCCUUGUGCACCAUAUCAUGCAAGCUAUCUCUGUUUGUCUUCUUGGCCUUUCACAUCCCACAUCUACAUCCUGUGAGGCAGCGAAGAUGAUCCAUUGUGUUACGACGGCGAUCCGCUGGCUACAGAUGAUGAAGGGCCCGGUGGCAGAGCGUGCGCAUCGCAUAGCUUUGAGUUGUUUUGAGGGUUUGGCCAGACGGUACGCUGUCGACAUUUCGGGUCUCUGGAACCGGAGGGAGCUUCCGGUGGUGCAACAGCCGGUAUCCAAUACCCCUGCAGAAGUACAUCAACCGACGCACGAGUUCUUCUUGUUUUGA